UAAGCGCUCACUCGCUCACCCCGAGACACUGGAGACGCCCAUAGCAACAACACAACGUUGCGCCGAAUAAGAUAGUCGUACAGUCGAGAGAACGGAUUAAACGCUGCUUCUUCGCCGCGCUGUCUGCAGGUUACAGGUUACAGACUACGGACUGUGUGGGAAGGACACGCCUCGGUCGUCUGUGCCGUUAGCAUGGGGCGAGAGCACCGUUCGCUAGCACGUUUUGGAUAGCCGCCCCGACUCUCGACGGAGGACUCAAAGGCUGCACCGGAGUUGGUAGUUUCACCGUUCGCCGAGCGCAAAGUCAGCUAGGCGGGGAAUAAACACGGGAAUGGUGCUCAGUUACGAGUCGCUUGGCAGACAGAAAGGCGAGGGGAGCACGGGCCGCACCACCGAACUGUUCCGUUUGGACUUGGAGUGUUUUUGGAGCGAGGGAGCGGCUCCCCGACGGACGUUUGUUUUGUGACUAGCUGACGAGGCGAGCUGAGGGAAAAGAAACGACCCCCCCCCACCACCACCAGCGUCUCCCUGCUGCUACCUCGGCUAAUGUUAGCAGCUCACACACAACACAAGUGCGAGCAAAACGGAUUGCUGAGCAACUUUCGGCGACAGUCGUGGAAACAAGUCGAAAACACAACUCAGGGUAGUUUUUGGACACUGCGCCAAAUACAAGCUUUGUUAAAAGUGCCAUCAGCUCAGUUGGCCAUGUAACUUUAAAACAUAUAUAUAUAUUUUUUUUUAUUUUUUUUUUACGGUUUUCGGCCUCUUUUAUUCACUUCGGAUGCUGGCAUCACCAACUAAUUACAAGCAUGAUGAUCAUAAGCAGAAAGCCAGAGGGCCCAAUAGCAACAGCACGUCACGGUGAUGGACUUUACGACUCGUACAUGAGGACGGACCACAUCCUCAAAGAGGACACGGACACAAACAGUCCUUCUGGCCUGCCCCCCAUGCCCAAGCUCACAGCUGUCAGCAACAAGGGUGUGAUGAGGGAUCAGAUAACCACCGUGCGCGGUGGCCAGCUGAAGGUCAAGUAUCUGUACGAGGACUCCGCUAACAAUCGCAAGAUCGGUGCCAUUACCACGGCCGCACCUCAGAACAGCGGGACCACCGAUCAGACGCCCAGUAAACUGGCACCAGCAACCACCCUGUCCAAGGAUCACAGCGUCGACAGCUCUGAAUCCAGUAAGGACUCUAAUGACACCUCUGGCUCUCACGGGGUUGCCAAUGGAGGAAACAGUACCAAGCUGUGUGGCCCCCUGACACCAGAACUGGCCGUGAGACUGUACCGAACUCAACUGACCAGCCUUGAGCAGAGCGAGAUCCACUCCUACCCAGACAUCUACUUUGUGGGACCCAAUGCCAAGAAGAGGCCUGUCGUCACCAGUGGCAGCAACAACUGCGGCUAUGACGACGAGCAUGGCGGUUAUAUCAACGUCCCCCAUGACCACUUGGCUUACCGCUACGAGUUUCUCAAGAUUAUUGGCAAAGGCAGCUUCGGUCAGGUGGCCAAAGUCUACGACCACAAACUGCAGCAGCACCUGGCUCUCAAGAUGGUCCGCAACGAGAAGCGUUUCCACCGACAGGCGCAGGAGGAGAUCCGCAUCCUGGAGCACCUGCGCAAGCAAGACCGCAAUGGCACCAUGAAUGUGGUGCACAUGCUGGAACACUUCACCUUCCGCAACCACAUCUGUAUGACCUUCGAGCUGCUCAGCAUGAACCUCUACGAGCUGAUCAAGCGCAACAAGUUUCAGGGCUUCAGCUUGCCUCUGGUCAGGAAGUUUGCACACUCUAUCCUGCAGUGCCUGGAAGCCCUGAGCAGGCUCCGAAUCAUCCACUGUGACCUCAAGCCUGAGAACAUUCUUCUCAAACAGCAGGGACGCAGCGGCAUCAAGGUGAUAGACUUUGGCUCCAGCUGCUUCGAGCACCAGCGUGUGUACACUUACAUCCAGUCUCGGUUCUAUCGAGCACCCGAGGUGAUUUUUGGCGCUCGCUACGGCCUUCCCAUUGACAUGUGGAGUUUCGGCUGCAUCCUGGCCGAGCUGCUGACGGGUUACCCGCUUUUCCCCGGAGGGGACGAGGCGGACCAAUUGGCCUGUGUCAUGGAGCUGCUGGGCAUGCCUCCUCAGAAGGUUCUGGAGCAGGCCAAAAGAGUAAAGAACUUUAUCAACUCCAAGGGCCAGCCCCGCUACUGCGGAACCAACACCCUGCCCACGGGGGCCACUGUGCUGACGGCAUCUCACUCCCGCCGUGGUGGUAAGUUGAGAGGCCCCCCAGCUAGCAAAGAAUGGAUCGCUGCGCUCAAAGGUUGUGAGGACGCCACCUUUAUUGACUUCAUAAAGAAGUGUUUGGACUGGGACCCCUCAUCUCGUCUGACCCCCAGCCAGGCCCUCAGACACCCUUGGCUCUAUCGCCGGCUCCCCAAACCGCUGCCUGGAGCCGAGAGGAGCCAAGGGGCCCCCGUGAAGCGGCUCCCCGAGCACCAUCGCACCUCCUUCCCUUCCAUCAUGGCCAAGGGGGGGUCUGGCCUGGGGCCUACCACAGCUACCAACAACAAACUGAGGAGCAACAUGUUGGGAGAUUCAGCAGAGGCCAUACCUAUUCGCACGGUCCUACCCAAACUUGUCACUUAGAGAGAGAGAGAGAGAGAGUUCCACUCAUCUCCUCUCUCCCUCCUCCUCUUCCUUCUUCCUCCUCCUCUCAGGAGGAAGCGGAGUCUAGGUUUUUAAAUGUUUGCUCGUUCUUUGUAUUUGUUUUCUACUGAGCGGUGUCGACACCCCAGUUCUGACUUUUUGAUAUUAGCUGAGCAAAGGAGAGACAACACAUGAAAAACUUUUACAAAGUUUUUAUACAGAGGAUUUCCUUGAGCGGCUGUGAAGUUUCGAUACACAGUCGUUGAUUUAGAUCAUGCUUUGUACAAAUGUGUGAGUGUCUUUAGUCGGUCACACCCGAAUGCCUCACUCUUUAUUAUUGAAGACUCUGAGAAGUUAAAAGGGCUACUAUCUCCCUACUUGCUCACUGCUAGCAGACAAAGAUUUACUCAGCCAACAGUUGUGUAAAAGAGCACACUGACACAUUCGGCCAACACUCACACACUUUGCAGACAGCAUCAUGUAGUUUCCGCAAUACGUUUUUAGCUCUUCUAAUUGACCUCCUUAGUUAAUGCCUGGUGCUAGCAUGUCAGCUCAAUAUGUGACAUCAGUGUUUGCGUGAGCACAUUGGCUCGGUGGUGCUACUGUGGGAGACAUGAAGAGCGAUCUAUUUAAAGCCCCCUCGUCGAGAAGGUGGAGGAGGACACAAGCUCUACUUGCCACCAAAGUGUCAUGGCCUGACUUCACUUCCUCAGUUCUUGGGAAUAUUUCACCUCUACCUAGCCUCCCCGUAGCCGUACAAUAUUGUUUAUGGAUCACUAGGAUUCUCAUGGUUCUAACAGUGUAACGUGGGUUCAUGUAUCCAACAAGGGAGGGUAGAAUUUUAAAAAAAAAAAAAUUAAAAAAACGCUAAUAUGUUGGGAAAUGUGCUAAAUAUGAGCCAUUUUCUUUCUCUUGAGAAAGGCCAGUAGCCAAGAUGGCCCCCUGCGGUACUGAUUUGAAGGCAUGUUUCUCAGGGAGAUAUACUUGAUACAUCCCUUAAUCCUAUAUAGCAAUAUCCUGUAUAUAUUAGGGUCCCCAACCACUAGGCUGCAGAAUGGUACCCAGCCGCACAGAGAGACUGAACAAAAGAUUAUUAAUCAGAGACUGACAGAAGUUUUAGUUUGAAAAUCAGUUGCACCUGCGUGUGCCUCUGUCAAAAUGUUCAUCUUGGUCACGUGAUAAGUAAGCCCACAAGUUUAAAAAAAAGAAUUAAAAUGUUUGGAGUGUGUCUUCAAAAAGGUGAACUGGCCAAAUAUUGAGACAGGGGAAUAGCCAACAAGAAAAAGAAAAACAAUAUUAAAAAGACAAUGGGCCUCGUUUACUAAUAAAUGCAUAGAAAUGUUCUCACUCUUCACUCUGCGCACAAGUUGAGCAUAUAUGCAAAAAUACUGUCAGAUUCAUGACAUAUGAAUGCCAGCCAAUUUUCUCCUCGUCAGCGUGUUUGUUAAUGAAUCAGAAUUCAUUUUAUAUUACAGGCUUGUGCCUGUGAGCUGCAACCCGCAUAAAUGGCACACCUAUCCCCCUAUAAAAGGAACGUCCAUCUGACACAUCUGAGUUAAUGCGCGGAGGUUGAAGUCACAAGAAAUGGCUGAUCCAAAACCUUAAUAAUAACUUUCUUAACCUUUAUCCUAUAUUCAGAGCAUUGUUAUCAUUGAAAAGGUUGCGAAACCAACAACAUAUAGACCAAUAAUCAUGUAAAUCACUUUUAUUAAUUCUGAAGUAAAAUUAGAGCGUGGCAAAAAACAACCUAUACAAAAACAAUUAAACAAAGAGCAGCGAAUGCACAAACUGCAUACAUUGUUAAAAUACAUAGUAAGUAAUAAUUAUAGCACGGCAAAGAGGCAUUUGUAGUUGAUGAAAUUCAUUAAAUUACGGUUGGACGCAAAAGAAAAUAUGACAUGCCGAACGGAGUAUGUCACAACUCAACCACGCCAGCGGCAGUUCUUUUGAUUGUACUGAAUCAUUCGAAUCAAUUCAUUAAAAGGAUUCGUUCAAAAGAUUCGUGCACCGAAUCGUUCAGUUUUUUUUCACAAAUUCCUUCAAAUGCUUCCUCAUUCAUUUAAUGAUCCAUCCCUGAGGUUCACGUUCACUCAAGACAUUCACCGAAGGACUAUGCGUUGUUGUUUUCAUGUAUUGUAAACUCGGAAAGGUGGGGAGAUUAUUCAAAAAAUAAAAUAAAAACUUUGGCUAAAUGAUCACCUACCUAUCUCUCUCUCAGCAAGCUCUCGAACACCCGGCUUCGGUUGUGACUCGUGAACAUGCGUGCAGCGAGCUCAGCUACCGAACAUCCUUCCGCGUCCGCUUACGUCCAGCUAGGCUCUCGCCAGCCGGCUUGACUUUUCUGCAUUCCACCGCGAUGGACCGUCGCUGACGCCAGCCGGGCUUCCUCCUCACUCACCUUUCUGUUAUUGUCAUCUGAUUAGUGGAAAGCGGCUUUGAAUGUCUUGAGAAGCGCUAUAGAAGUUUGUAAUAUUAAUAAUAAUAAUCACAUUAGAGACACAGGGGGAAUGAUAUGUAUGUAGACAUUUAUUAAUUUACAUUUAUUUUAAAUAUGUGUGCUUGUAUUCAUGUGGCGGCACGGUGUCCGACUGGUUAGAGCGUCAGCCUCACAGUUCUGAGGUGCGGGGUUCAAUCCCCGUCCCCGCCUGUGUGGAGUUUGCAUGUUCUCCCCGUGCCUGCGUGGGUUUUCUCCGGGCACUCCGGUUUCCUCCCACAUCCCAAAAACAUGCAUGAAUUGGAGACUCUAAAUUGCCCGUAGGUGUGACUGUGAGUGCAAAUGGUUGUUUGCUUGUAUGUGCCCUGCGAUUGGCUGGCAACCAGUUCAGGGUGUACCCCGCCUCCUGCCCGAUGACAGCUGGGAUAGGCUCCAGCACGCCCGCGACCCUAGUGAGGAGAAGCGGCUCAGAAAAUGGAUGGAUGGAUGUUUUCAUGUGCUUGACCGACUCAACAUUAGUCGGUAGCUUUCCCCGCGAGGACGUCAUGACUUGCGCUUAAAAUCACUCAUGAGUACGUUCACUGCGUAGUACGUCAUUCCUUGCGCAAACAAAUCACUCUUCGUACUAGUACAUGGCUCCUUAGCGGAUCACAGAGGAAUAAGUUCCACGAACGGAUUGCGAAUGAGAAGUUCCACGAACGAAUCAGUCUUCAGUUCCUCAGUACACCAGUUCACUGAACGAAUCACUUAGUUCACUUAAGUCCCUCCCCCUGACGCUGUGGCUGCUCAUUGCUCAUUCGCCGAAGCGAGUGACAACGCUGGCGAAUCGCAACUCACAUUGCAGUACGUAUAAUGAAGUCCCGCCACCGCCUGCACACUGGCUGCUCAUUGAUCAUUCGUGACAGAACGCUUCAGCAGUUCCGUUUCCACUCCCAGCCGACUCGCUUGCCUGGCAGCGGGUGGCGGACAAGAUAAAAGAACGAAUAAGUUCAUAAACUGAUUCGGUUCAGUUCAUUCACUUAAAAAGAUUUGUUCUUCUGAACGAAAAAACACUAGUGUGUAUACUGUGAAUUGAGCUAUUUACAUCAUGCAGAAUCACAGAAAAGUACAUAAAUCAGAUUAUCGUAGGGGCUGGAAAGAAUACUAGAAAAUGCGAGUGGUCUGAUUGCAAUUCCUUGAGUGUCAACAUCGGCCGAACGCAGACAGCGGGUGAGGGACGCGUAAAGUGCACAUAUCCCACUGUACAAGCGCUUGACCGUAACAAGGGUGAAAGUGAUGAGAAGUGCCCUUUUACAUGUUAUUUAGCACAGUCAACCCAUUGGCAAAUUCCUGGUUUGAGUUAUCGCCAAAGUUGUUAUUGUUUUUAUGAAUGACUUGUUCCAAUAUGUUGUCCAUCUUGGGUUAAAGAUGUGUGUCUGACGUGUUUUUGAUGGCUGAUCCUCCGUACGCAUAGUCUCAGGAUGUUCUAAAUUUGUUUGCAGGUACGAACAAAAACAAGUACGAACAUAUUGAUAAAUCAAUCAGGUUUGUGCGUACACACGGUUAGAUAAUGAGGUCCAAUAUCGGCAGUCCUACCUAAGGUAUGGGUUUAUGGCUUGUUGACUCACACGCACCAAACCAGUUCUGUGCAAUAUGUCGCGUAAGAAAAAGAUUCCCUUAAUGGGACCGGCUUUUUAAAGAGAAACAUGCACAGAGCUCUCACUAAUUACAACAACUAUAUUCAGCCUAAUGGUGAGAUGUAUUUUGAAUCAUUUGUUUUUGUUUAUAUGAUGAUCUAGCGCGAAAAGAAAAAAAAAGGUUGUGGACCGCUGCUAUAAAGGCUCGCUUGCAUAAAGUACAGUCAUGUUUCUGUGACGCAGGGCAACCGCAAACGUUAUCUGGCCUGCAUGCUCCACAAUCUGACCUAAAUUCUCCCCACCCCCCACCCCCUUGUUCUCGCACUGUCAUGUAGGCCAGGGAACCUCGUCAACCCAUUAAUAUACUGUAUGUGUUGAAUUAUGGUGCUGUCCUGUCACGCACGUACACACACACUUACACACAAAGUUGUCAGGUGCAUGUUGUAUGGACCACACUGCUCAGAGACUUGUCUAUUUCAUCCCUCGUUUUCAAAGUAAAACUGUCAGGGAUUUCUACUCCAUUGUUUGUUUGUUUUUUUAAAUAGAAGUGGUAUCUAUUUUGAGUCACUCCCAAAAUAUCAAGAGAAAGUUUAUAAUGAAAACAUGGAAUAAGAAGACAACAAAGUUGUAUGCUGUCAUGUUGUAUACUCGUGGUGUGCGGUAUAGUAGCAGGAUGUUUGGUGUUCCAGCAUGAGAUCACAAUCUUGAUAAGUUACUGCUGAGUGACAACCAGAAGAGAAUUGUAAAGUAACCAAAUGAAGUUGUGAUAGUUUCUUUUUCUAAGGAAAAUAAAAGAAAAAUGGGUAUGAA